GUUCUCUGCGCUUUGGCCUCUUUCAGUCUACCCAGCCAGCAUUUUAGAUACGCCCACUGGUUUUGUGGCGAAGCUCGGGGCACCAACAUGUACCAAAAAUCUGUGAAAAUCCUCAUUGGCGCUUCGUUAUUCCUCUUCGCCGCCGUGGAGCUGGAGCAGUACACGUCCCUCUAUGAUAGAUAUCCGAUGGCGUGUAACAUCGUCAAUGCCCUGCUAUGCGUUGUCCUCUGCAUUCAAUACAGCAUCCAUAGGUGAUCCGCCGUAAUCAGAAAGGUUACAACAGCGCAGAUGCAUAAUAUAGCGAAUUUGUGAUCCUCCACUACAUUUCAAUUCACCAAGUUUGUGUUUGUGAGUCUUCAGGGAAAGGCCUGUGAUGCACCAGAUGCCAAGAAUUUUGUCAAAAUAUCGAGGUUUCUUGACUUGACCCUAUCGAAGGUUGUGCCGGUUGGUGAGGUACUGACUGAGUACUGAAGAUGGAUGGUUCUCAUGUUCAAUGCGAUGAUGGAAUGUGAGAAACAGGCAUGAAGAUGUAAAUCAGGCACGGACGUACGACUACACUAUAUGGUUCUUAGUGAAAGAUGGAGACCAAAUUGUACAGUUAGACCCCUCCAAAACGCGCUGAAUCUCGCGAUAGAUAUAUGCAGU